CCCACUUCGGCAGAAUAGAAUAAUUUGCAGUAAGUCUCCCAGUCACUCAUUCCAGCCUCAAGAGAAAAGAGCACUCUAUGCCUACCUUAGCCGACGUACCUGCCGCAACCGCCCGUGAUGUCGGGCUGCUGGUGACAAAAGCGUCAUUUCGCAGCUUGGCAUCGGAGCUCGCCUCAAUGAUCGCAGAAGCUAUGCAGACAAAUGAGGAGACCGGCGAACCAGAAUGCAUCCUUAGCACCAACGAUCUCUGCAAUCUUCGCUUGGUCAACAGGCAGACUGCUGCCUAUGUCCAGCGCACAUUUGCAGUACGGUUUUUUCGACAUCGCAAACACCUGUUGUCGGAGCACGGUUUAAACGCACUCAUUCGGAUUGCUAGACAUUCCGUCUUUUCGACAUACGUUCAAAAGCUCUCCCUAGGGCCUGAGCGCAUGUCCAAGCUCAUCCUCCCACCCGCUCUCGAACCCGCAGGAGUAAUUAAAACACCCUACAUCAUCGCCCAGUCACAAUCACAGUCGUCGGAUGCAGAGGCAUCCUACAUUUCUUUGCAUGGCAAGAAAAUGCACGACGCUUGGUCUCUAUGGUAUAGGGUGCGAAUUGGAGAACAAGAGGCUUUCCACAACAGUGAUAGAGGGACCCUUCUAUUGAAGGAAACCUUGAGGCACUUUACCGACCUGCGAGUGAUAAGCAUCGAAUCUUAUCCCGGAACUAACACGGAUAGAGGGUACGACGGCCCUUGGAGCAAUUGGACGCUUCCUUGGGGGGCGAACACUCUUGUGCGGGAGCUGGACUCCAUAAUCACACCACAUCGCGUGGAUGCUCGGAGGUUAUUCUACGAUGUCGAUCCGGACAUUGUCAACUGGCAUCUCAAUCCAAUACUCGAGGCUUUGGAAGUGAUAAAAGGUCGUCCGAACUGGAGAAUGGAAUUCUACCUCAACUCGGGUGAGAAGUACGUCCAAGCAGGAUCGCCUUUCAAUAUCGAUUCACUCUGGUGGCAAGCUUGUAAGGGCCGUGUCCAACAUGUCCACCUCCAUCGCUCGAUACAAACUAUGGAAAAGGUGUACGAUAGAGCAAAUUGGCUCACUAAGCUGUUGGAGAGCUGUGGGCGAUGUGUAGAGGAAAUGAGCUGCCAAAACACAUUCUAUUGGUCGAAGAUCGUCUGCAAUGCUCCCCUGCCUGCGCUGCGUCGUCUGAACAUCCAUCACGCUACUGUCCAGGACAUGUACUUCGACACGUUCCUGGAGCGGCAUGCUGAGUGUCUCGAAUCAAUCAACCUCAGCCGUGUCGGGUUGUCUAUAAUCGAUUUGCGGCAGGUGCAUGAGGAUAUGUAUCCUACGGUUGUGCUUCAAGCAGCCAAGUACGAGCGCGAAGAUGCCUCCUGGAGAAGGAAGUUCAAACUCAUGUUAAAGCUUGUACAGCUCCGCAGCAUCCAGCUAGAACAUUUGACAUGGGUGCAUGGUAGCUUAGGGUUCUCACACAAGAGGAUCCCACAGGUGGUUGGAUCGACCGACUACGGGAGAUGGAAGACGACGGUCAUGGCUGAAGGUGAGGAUAUCAAGACUCUUCUGAAUCAAGCUAUUCGCGACGACAAGAUCACGCUUGUAUGGUACGAGGAGGAUUGGGUAUGGGAAGUGGUCUUUCUAGAGGAGAAAGAGUCAGUCAAGAUGGCGGUCAUGGAGUCGCUGUUAGUUCGAAGUGUUGUAGGGUGAAGAGUUGCGGGAAGGAGAUCGCUCUGUUGGGGUGCGGGUUGGGAUAUCUGGGUUUUGAAUGCGACCGAGUAUCCUGGCUGUUGUUCUAUUUGUAUCAGCA